GACAACAUGGCGGAUCAUGAAGAUGUUUUGUACUCAAAUUCAAGUCGGAGGGACGAUUCUCCUGGUGAUCAAGACCUCAGGGAUGAACGAGAAGGUAGCAGAGAAAGUGAUCAUGACGACAGAGAUCGGCGGAGAAGAGGCGGGGAAUAUGAGAGGGAUUUGAGACGAGAGAAUCGUAGGUACGCCCCGUAUCCUUCGCGCGAUGAGCGGUCAAGUUCGAGGCGACAGUCUGGAGGCGGAGGAAAAGAAUGCCGUGUUUACGUUUGGAACCUUUCAUAUGCUGUUAAAUGGCAAGAUUUGAAGGAUUUUAUGAAGAAGGUUGGAGAUGUUGCAUUUGUUGAUAUUAUUGAAGAUGGUCAAGGAAAAUCGAAGGGAUGUGGUAUUGUUGAGUUCAGAAACAGAGAUGAUGCAGAUAAAGCCAUCAAGGAUCUUCAUGGAACAGAGUUCAGAGGCAGACCCAUACACAUUCGUGAGGAUCGUAUUGAAGAGAGCGAUAGACGCAGUAGGCCUCCCCCAAGGGGCCCUGACCCAAGGGAUCUUCCCUCUCUCACUGGAGGGGGCAUGUCUCAUGGUAGUAAUCUGGGAGGUGGUCUUGGUAGUGGAAAUCUGGGCCUUGGGGGUGGCAGUGGGCCUCUUGCCAACCUGUUGGGCUUGGGAAAUAACAAUUUUGCUCAAGGACUGAAUUACAGGACAGAUCCAUUAUCAUGUACUGUGUUUGUGAGCAAUCUUGACUACAAAGUAACUUGGCAGAAAUUGAAGGACACCUUCAGAGGAGCUGGUAAUGUUGUUCGUGCAGAUAUCAAUUUGGACUCUGAUAAUAAAUCUAAAGGUUUUGGCACUGUACAGUUUGAAACAGCUUCAGAAGCAAUCAAUGCAGUUUCUAUGCUUCAUGGUCAUGUUCUCAGUGACAGAGCAAUGAGUGUCAGGCUGGAUCGCAAUGCCCCCAUCAUGCAGCAGUUGAGUAAUUUGGGCAUGAACAAUUCAAACAUGGGUCGUGGGGGAGGAGGUGGAGGUGGGGGAGGAGGUGGAGGAGGAGGAGCCAGUGGAAACAACAUGAACCCCAUGGCAGUUCUUCAGCUGCUUCAGAGUCUUCAGGGUCUGAGUACCCUGGCGCAGUUGACCAGUAAUCUUGGUGCACUGGGUGGAGGUGGUGGGUCUGGUGGUAUGGGUGAUUCCCCUGCUGCUAACCCCCUGGCUGCUCUUGGUGGAUUGGGGAUGCUGGGCAAUUCUCUUGGUUUUGGUGGAGGAGGAGGAGGUGGUAGCGGCAGUGGCAGCAGCAGUGGAAUGGGUGGGCUUGGCUCAUCCCUCCACAGCGACGGUGGAGGUUCAGGGAGACAAGUCUUUGUCAGGAAUCUUCCUUGGCGCUACACUUGGCAAGACUUGAAAGACAAGUUCAAAGGAGCAGGAAGAGUGCUUCGAGCUGACAUCAUGACUGAAUCCAGUGGAAGAUCAAAGGGCUGUGGUACAGUACUGUUUGAUGCACCAGAGGACGCUGCACAUGCAAUAACUAUGUUUAAUGGAGCGAUGGUUGAUGGCCGUGAACUCGAUGUGAGGAUGGAUAGGUUGGGCUAAUGGGAAGCGUUCAGCUGUGCUCCAAGGCUUUGUGAAUUGAUGUUCUGAGGAAUUUGUUUUUGACUAGACCAGCAUUUCAUGCUGUUAACUCUCUUCAGUUUAGAGUUAUUGCCUCCGUGACCAAGUUUCCUCUUUCUUCAGUCCAGUUUGCCUUCUACAGGUGUUCUUUAAAUAGGAAAUAUUUGUUCAAGCUGGUACAAAUGUGGAUGGUAUGAUAGGAAUUUACCAAGGCUCCCCGAGGAAGGAUUCGAGUUGAAACUGCUCCGUUGUUUUAUCUGGAUUUCUCUUCGAAUUGUCUUGUUUUCCCUUCUUUUGAUUAACUAGCGUCUGGAAGUGUUCACCUUUGUCACAUGUAGGUCGUACAGAGUGCCUUUGAUGAUUUGGCAAAUCAUGAUUGUCUUUUCCCCAUUUAUACUUCGUGAUUUUGAAGCUACAGGAGGACUUUGCCGAUACGUUCUUGGCUGAGUACAAUAUUUACAAUUUGGUUUUAGAAACUGCACAUUGACCUUAGUGGUUUCGCAUGGAAGAGUGGCGCAUCUUUUAGCACUGACUGAUUGUUUAUUCUUGUUAAGAAACAACAUGCAGUAUUUGACAGGUUGUGGGAGAAAGGUUUUGUUCUUCUGCUUUGUAGGAAGGUUUUGGCUGAAACAUGAUCACUCUUGUAGGGUUCUCAGUUAGUUUAGGGAUAACAUGCUUUAAAUGACGUUGAAAUAAAUGCCUUGUUUGUUUC